AUGACCGAAGGGGGGAACGCAAAGGGGGGCGAGACAGUUGCAGUUGACGCACCCCACCCUGCUCCACCCCACGCCAUCCCACCAAAUCCCACCUCGCCCCUCUCCACCGCACCCCACCGCACACCACCCCCGCAGGCAGCCAAAGCAGUGUACGAGCAGCUGGUGGGAGAUGCCUCCACACGCUGCCCCCUCGCACACAUCCAGCUCAUGCGUUUUCUGCGCCGCGCAGAGGGCAUGGAGGCGGCCAGGAAGGCGUUUCUGGCGGCGAGGAAAGCGAAAGAGUGUACCUUCCACGUGUAUGUGGCUUCUGCUUACAUGGAGCUGUGCCAGAACAAGGAGAGCAAGCUGUGUCACAACAAGGAGAGCAAGGUGAGCAAGGGGGGCAGGGAGGGCAAGAAGAGAAAGAAAGGCAAGGAAGGCCCGGGAGUGCUCGUUCCAUGUGUAUGUGGUGUCUGCCUAUAUGGAGCUGUGGCACAACAAGGAGAGCUAGGUGAUUAUAGAGGGCAUGAUGAGUGGAUGUGCUUAUACAGGGAGUCGACGAGUGAGUGUAACAGGGAGUGCUCGUUCCAUGUGUAUGUGGCGUCUGCCUAUAUGGAGCUGUGGCACAACAAGGAGAGCAAGGUGAGCAAGAUGGGAACGGAGGCAAGGUUUGCGCGCUUCUUGAGUCGACUCAAUGACGGCCAGGCCAUGCGGGAGCUGCUGCAAGGCGCUCUGGCGUCCCCGUCCCUUCCCCCGCAAUCCGCAAUCAUGGCACAAGAGGGUCGGCGAAAAGCUCUAGCUUCGGUAGCAAGCCCCGGCGGUGUUGCCGAGCCUGAGGUGGAGGUUUGGCGGGAGCAGCAGGACCUGGUAGACCGGUUCAGCUACUGUGGCCUGUUGCCUUGUGAGGCAUCAGCUCUCCCUCCGAACCUAGAAGCAGGCUUGGCAGGUCCGAAGGCAACCCAGGCUCGGCAAAGGUUAGGGGAGGAUCAGGUUCGGGAAGCGGGUCAAGGGGGGGCAGAGAGAGGAGAAAGAGAAGCAAAGGAGCAAGAAACAAGGAGCGGCACUAGUGCGGCAGGCACAGCAGCAGGCACAGCAGCAGCAGCAGCAGCAGCAGCUGAAGCGACAACGGCACAAGUAGCAGCAGGAGUGAAGGCAGAGCCUCAGGAAUCGGCAGCAGCAGGGGCAGCAGCAGGAGCAGGGGGUGAAGGGAGGGAGAAAGAGGAGAGGGUUUCUGGACGGGUGAAGGAGGAAGCAGAGGGUGGGGAGGAGUCUGGGGCGGUUGCUAGUGGUGCUGAUGGCAGCACUGCUGGUGCUGGUGGGGCGAAGGAGGGUGGGGAGAAGGGUGGGGCGGAGAGGGGAGAGCAGCAACAGCAGAGGGAAGGGACGGCAGGGGCAACGGGUGUGAAGACACAUCAGUUUGUGGCGAGUGCUGCUGUGGAGUGGAAACCGGGUUCCGGUCGCAAGCACGGCAUUGCAGCUUCCUCGAAGCUUCUAGAGGGUCUUCCCAGGUCCCUUGCGCACUUCGUAUCCCAGCUUCCUCCACCUGUGCCCGGUCCCUACCCAGAUGUGGAUUUCAUCAUGUCGCUGGUCAUUCAAGCUGAGCUCCCACCUGAGGCGCUAGCAGCCAAAUCAGGUGGUCUGCACCGCACUACGCCACCUGGAUUGGCACCUGGGGCAGGUGGCGCCACGCCAUUGGCCGGCAGCAAGCGCAAGGAGCAGGAAGGUGCGGCUUCGUUUUGGCAUUUGUAA